AUGAGCUCCUUGAGCAAUCGCCCAUCGGCCUUCGGGCGCACGAAGGAAAAACGGGCGGUAAACGACAGCCUCUCCAUUUACUUGGAGGACCAGACGCACCCGACGCUCCUUGUUAACCCGCAGAAGAAGGUACAGAAGGUCUCUACAAAGCGGGCAGACAUCCCCUCUUACAGAGAAAUUCAAACGUAUAGGCCGCCAAAUGCGCCGAGCCGUGCUUUAUCCAAGCCCAAGAAGUCAUCUUCUACCCAGAAGUCAAAUAGUCCGGCCGCCAUCUAUUCUAAAUCUGCAUCUACAGGACGAAGAGGGCCAUUUACACGGAGGGCCUCAGGAAGGAGAACUCAGAGUACCAAUGGAAAUAGAUUAGUAAUAGGAAGGAGCGACGAUAACGGCUUUCAGAGGACAAGGUCCCCAGCUGCCCGUGCAAGUACAUCACCGUAUUACUUGCGUGACUCUGUAGAUACUUUAGCAACGUCCCCAGGGAUCGAUGGGCCUUUCUCAGUGCAAUCUGCUGCUGCCUUGAUUCAGAAUGAUAAGAGUGAAAUAGACAUAGACCCCAACAUUUUUGGAUAUCAUGAGCCGAGACGCGCCAGCAGAAGCACACUCAGAAAUGAUACUAAAGCAAUAAGAACCAAUGGGUUAUUCCACGUACCGUUGCCAUCUCAGCAGCCGCCAAAUCGAAGUAACUCCGGGUAUGAGAGCACCCUCUCACAUCGCAUGUACUCUCCCAUCGCGCCACAUCACCACUCAACUACUGACUCGAGCAUGUCACGUUCUGGCUCUCAACUUGGGCAUCAUCCCAAGUCAACGAUCAAGACAGACGAUAUUAGAGAGCGGGUUAGACUCCAGCAGAAUGCAGCCCAGGCACUCCUACGUGACUAUGUCUUUCUUGUGGGCUAUAACCCGAAGUAUCUUAGCAAGUCCAUGUUGGCAGACGGCUAUCAAGAGGCAAGAGAGAUAGGAGAGGGACAUCUCCACGGAGAAGAGCUUAUUAAGAAGGAGAAGAAACUCCUUGGAAAUAUCAUUGGAGAUAUCGUGCAUUUACGUAGCGGCGGGCACUCUGGGACAGGGCCACACAUGAUCAUGCCAAGCUUGCACGGAGAUACAUACACAACUAUGAGCACUGCAGAACAUCUUCCACCUAUAGACGAAGAGGAUUUGCAAAUAGACGAUGUUAUAGGCGUCAGUAAGGAUGAUAAGGGAUUGCAAGGUGAUGCCGCUAAUAUGGUGGACGCCUCUGUACUGACAGACAUUGAGCGUAUAAGCUGUGUUCACAAUGAGAUAGUCCAUACGAAAGAUGAAUCAACACAAAACAAUCCGGAAGGAUCGGUCUCUCCUCAACCGACACACCAUAAUUAUAAAAGUCCAGGAUUCCUUAAACCGUCUCACCCUAGCACGCUUCAUAUCAAGAUAGACAGUCCUGAUCAUCUAGAUGCUAGUGAAAGCCAGGGGCGUACUCAGAUAUCGGUCAUAACAGAGCCAGAAGUGAGUGAGACGCUCUCACAAAAUCCUACCCUGUUAAUUAGACCAGUGACAGAGAACAACGACCCAUCAACAAAGGACCUGCAUAAUAUUCUUGAUAAGGCAGUGCACAAUGACGCGCUUAAACAGGCACGAAGAGAGUCACGGUCGGCCAAACCUCCCACGACAGCGUCGUUAUACACAAAAGAUGACACUCCUGGUCGCACACAUCGCGUGACAACUAGCGCUCGCACUCCAACGCGAGAGAGAUGUGAUUUUGCAUAUCACAUUCCAGCUCUAUCAGGUGUGCACUGCAGCAGGCCAGAUCGCAGUGCGCCCAAGACACCCAAUAGGCGUGUAAGCGAUAAUAUCAACGCCUACGUAAUAGAUAAGCGCCAGGAACCAUUAGUGCAUGAAAUAAGUGACGGAAGCAGUGGUAUUUCCGGCAUUGACGGGGAGAUAAACGGCGAGAAGGCCCACGCAUCCAUAGAGACUUCAAACCAGCCCAGACGCAAUAUUUCCUCCGGCAAUCGGCCUAUCAGAGCCAUGCAAACCAAUAGUGCAAUCAAUACUCCCGUUGGAAUGGUUAGAACUCAUGGGCUGGAAUCAUCCCCUACGCCUCUUCAUCAAAACUGCUCCUUAUGCUAUGAACCCCUUUGUGUCAAGCCCAAUGCUAGGGAUAAAACGUCUAAAUCGUCUACUGAUAGGUUUAAAACCGUAAGAGAUAGCGACUUAAUGAACACUAUUUGCACCACAUGCUAUCCUAAAUUUCUUAAUUCUGUCAUACACUUGCCAUUGAACGAUAAAGAAUGCAGUACCAACACCCAUCUUCCUCCACAUUUUGGCCACAGUUUUGGUGAUUUAGAAGAUUUUCCUGCGGAUUUAAUAACGACCUGCAGAUUUAGUAAUAGCACUCCAGGAGCUAUUAUAAAUUUAGAAGCCUGUAAAGCAUGCCCUCAUUACAAGCAAACAAUGGAAAAUCCACAUUCAAAGGCUACGAUGGAAAAAUUGGCAGAUACCCUUCGUUCAAUAGAAUUUCAUACCAGACUAGAUGAUGGUAGCAGCAUAGCAUAUUUUAAUACCAACGUUCCUAGCACAGAGAGUGAUCCUUGUGCCCAUGAGGCUUUUGGACGUGGAGCAGUUCCCACAUAUGACACAGAUAAUAAGGAAAAGCUUGUCACAAAUAAUUUUGGUGCACUACAGAUAGACGUCGUCGAUGAUCACACAGCCAUGCAUGACAUUUCUGUGGCUAUGCAGAACUGGGGCAUCACUGGGACGGUGGACAGUUCGUGUAACAGACCACGCACAGAUUUAAGAUAUGCGUGUCCCUUUUUAACUGUUUCCAAUAUAUUUAGUUUUCGCAUGACUCACAAAGAGCCGCAUGAACCACCUAAGCCUUAUUCCAUGGUCAGUUCGUGUCCAGAAAACGUGCUAAUAGUCACUCCCAUUGAAUGGCCACCUGGAGAAGGGUCUCCGGAACCGGAAUUACCUAGCGUAGCUCUCCCUCAGACGAAUCCUAAUUGUUCUUCUGACAAAAGUACAAUAGACUUUGGGAUGGGUACUUCUCACAGUGCCUAUCCAAAUAAGUCCACGCGGAAGUCUCAAAAGAUCCAUACAAAUGUAAUAGAUGUUACACAUACCUAUGACUACAACGUUAUCAGGAACCCCGGAACGGCUCUUACUCAAGACGAGCAGACUGAAGUGGUUUUGAACUGUGUUUCUGAGGCCGUGCAGACAGCAAAGAUAGAUCAAUUGUUAGGUGGUCUGUCUGAGCAUAGCCUGGUGGACAAAAUAAAUAGUAAGGAUAUUAAGAAGCGAGUGAAAAAGUAUCUAGACUUGUUAGACUUAAAGGUACCCGUCUGCACAAGCAAGGACCCUACUAGAUGCCUUUGCCGCAUAUGUGUCACCACUAAGGAAACGGUGAGGGAAGUCAAGAUAAAGCAUAAAUAA